AUGGAAGCAAAAGGAAAAUGUGUGUCGGUAGAAGUUGAAGCAGAAGAUCAUUUAACAGAAGUUAAAGAAGAGGAUGCACCAGUUGAAGUUGAAGCGAAAGAGGCAACAGUAGAAAUGAAAGAGGAAGAUAAAUUAGUUAAAGUGGAAGUGGAAGAUGCAGUAUUAGAAGAGGAAGAUGAAAGAGCGGAAGUGGAAGAGUGUGCUACAGAAGAAGUGGAAGAAGAAGUUGCAACAAUUAUGGUAAAAGUGAAAGAUGCAACAGUGGAAGAGGAAGAUGCAAAAUUAGAAGUGGAAGAGGACAGUAUGAUGGUAGAAGGGCACCAAAAACAAGAAAUUGGUUUAGAAGAGACAGAAUUUGAGCCAAAUGAGAGGCCAAGAAGGGGAAGGAAAAGGAACCGAUCUGGUCAGUCAGCUAGCAGCAAUAUGCCUCUUCAAGGUGAAGUUCUUGAAUUUUGCUUUUUCAGUUUUGCUGGAAUUAUGAUUGCUAACACAUCGACGAGGGGAAAGCAAAAGCUAAAGAGAGGAAGGCCAAAGAGGAUGCAAGAUUAUUCAGUUCAUGGGAAUCACGGAGCGAAAAGGAGAAGAGGUCGCCCCAAGGGGAGCACACCAAACAAUAGGGAUCUCAAAAUGCCAAAGCCUAAGAGGGGAAGACCAAAGAGGGUGAAAGAUCAACCUGGCAACGAGUUAAUGUAA